UCCCCAAACCAUUCCUGAAAACACACACACACACACACACAACACGCGCUCUGCUAAUUAAUGCUCAUGCACGCAUAGAAACCCCCGGCAGAAAAAAAAAAAAUGGCAAAAACCACCGCCGCCGCCGCGGCGCCGCGUUUUCCGUCGAUCGAGAAAUGCGACAGGUCCGACGAAAACCGCCGCUCAAUAGCGGCGGACCUCGACGGCACACUGCUAAUUUCCCGGUCCUCCUUCCCUUACUUCAUGCUGGUGGCGAUCGAGGCCGGAAGCCUCCUCCGGGGGCUGGUGCUCCUCCUGGCGUUCCCGCUGAUCGCCGUCGCGUACGUGUUCGUCUCGGAGGCGCUCGCCAUCCAGAUGCUGAUUUACAUCUCGUUCGCGGGGCUCAAGGUGCGGGACAUCGAGCUCGCCUCACGCGCCGUCCUGCCGCGGUUCUACGCCACCGAUGUGAGGGCGGAGAGCUACGAGGUGUUCGAGAAGUGCAAGAGGAAGGUCAUAAUCACGGCGAAUCCGACGAUUAUGGUGGAGCCGUUCGUGAAGGACUUUUUGGGCGGAGAUAAGGUGAUUGGGACUGAGAUUGAGGUGGAUCCGGCCACUAGGAAGGCGACGGGGUUCGUGAAGAAACCUGGUGUUUUGGUCGGAAAAUUGAAGAAAUUGGGGGUUUUGAAGGAGUUUGGUGACGAGACGCCGGAUAUUGGCAUUGGAGAUCGGGAAUCUGAUCACGAUUUCAUGUCCAUUUGCAAGGAAGGUUACAUGGUGCCGCCUAGCAAAACCGCCAAGCCAUUGCCGCUAGAUCGUCUGAAAAGCCGAUUGAUCUUCCACGACGGCAGAUUUGUCCAGCGCCCGACCCCACUCAACGCACUCAUAACCUACAUUUGGCUGCCCUUCGGAUUUCUCCUCUCAAUAAUCCGCGUCUACUUCAACCUCCCACUACCGGAGCGAAUUGUACGCUACACAUACGGGAUGCUCGGAAUCAACCUCGUGAUAAGGGGGCAUCUGCCUCCUGCCCCCUCCCCUGGGUCCCCCGGCAACCUCUACGUGUGCAAUCACCGGGCGUCCCUUGAUCCCAUUGUCAUAGCAAUAGCAUUGGGGAGAAAAGUCUCGUGCGUGACUUAUAGCGUUAGCAAGUUCUCGAGAUUCUUCUCUCCGAUUCCAGCUGUCGCACUGACGCGGGAUCGUGCGGCUGAUGCUGCGAUGAUCAAGGCGUUGCUACAGAAGGGCGAUCUCGUAGUUUGCCCAGAAGGGACCACGUGCAGGGAGCCGUAUCUGUUGAGAUUCAGUGCUUUGUUUGCGGAGUUGAGCGACAGGAUUGUGCCUGUGGCUAUAAACCUCAAGCAGAACAUGUUUUACGGGACUACGGUUCGAGGGGUUAAAUUUUGGGAUGCUUAUUUCUACUUCAUGAACCCUAGGCCGACUUACGAGCUCACUUUCCUCGAGAAGAUUCCGGAAGAAAUGACGUGCGGGGCCGGGGGGAAAUCUUCGAUCGAGGUGGCGAACCACGUGCAGAAGAUCUUGGGUGGUGCAUUGGGAUUCGAGCUGACUCAGUUGACAAGGAAGGAUAAGUAUAUGUUGCUUGGUGGGAAUGAUGGCAAGGUGGAAUCUAUGUAUUCCAAGAAAUGAAAUAAAUCAGGUAAUUUGGUAAUAUCAAACUCUUGAAAGUUUAAUUAGGUGUUUGUGAGGGUAUUAUUUUGGUAUUAAAAUUGUAUGUUGUAUUUGUAAUAGCUAUAAUAUAAUUGCAAUAUUUUGUUGAUGUAUGGGACUGCUUUGAAUUAGUAAUAAUCUGUUUGGCUAUUGUUAA